AUUUUAUUUUCAUGUAUCCAAAUUUUCUGUUUCUCUUAUCCGUUACGUUAUGUUCAGCUCAACAAUUGAUGAGGCUACCUAUCAUUGAACAUAAAUAUACAAAUGUUUUACAAAAACGACAGAAUAUACCUGCUAUACCUUUAUUUAAUGCCAAUGCAAGAGAAUAUUUAAUUGAGAUUGGGAUAGGAACACCACCUCAAAAAUUCAACCUAACAUUAGAUACCGGAAGUCCCCGCUUUUCAGAGUCAGAAUCAAAGACAUUGAAUGAAACAAAGAGUUCUUUUGAGGUACAAUAUGGAAGAGGCUCAGUAAAAGGCGUAUUAGCUUAUGAUAUCAUUACAAUCAAUGGUAAUCUGGCUUGCCCACAUCAAGUACUUGGCCUUGCUUCUUCUACCAAUGACCUAAGUAACAUACGAUCCAGUGGCAUACUAGGGUUAGCUUUCCCUAGUUUGAUGCGAGACCCUACGCAAGAUACAUUCAUUCUUAACCUGCUCAAGAACAAAGUGAUUCAAGAACCUGUGUUCUCUAUCUACUUGAAUAGACAGGCUGACUAUGGAUAUACAGGUGAAAUUGUGAUUGGCGGCUAUGAAACCAGUCGAUUUACAGGCGCCUUGAAAUUCUUGCCUCUUAUAAGCUACCAUCCUCAAACAGGAGAACCUCAGGUCGGACGGUCUUAUUCUUCACAACAGGGUACUUUCAAGUAUUGGACAGUGCCUGGUCAAGCAGUGGCUUGUUAUCGCAAUGAUAACAAGGUCUAUGAAACACAAUUUCCAGACAUUCAGCCAGUUAUUUUAGACACAGGCACUACUCUUUCUUACAUGUCUGAGGAAACUGUCUUGGCCGUCUUGAGUCUGAUUACAGAUAAUUAUACCGCAUUAAGUCUUAACGGCGGCAGUGUAGUCUACCAAGUCAACUGUAACGAUUUCUUGACUCGAGACCAAUGGUUUGAUUUUCAAUUCUCAACGACAGCCGAUACGUUUUCGAGUAACCCAGUAACCAUUCGUGUACCACUUAAAGAAAUGGCCCUGCCUCAAGAUGCAAAUGAUAUGAGUACAGCCAAGACUUGUUUGUUUGGACUAGCACCUAUUUCAACUGGGUUCUUAAAUUCUGUAGGUUCUGGUUGGAUAUUAGGUCAAACAGUGCUGAGAAGCGCAUACGUGGUGCAUGACAUGUUGGGUCUUCAAGUAGGCAUAGGUUUGGCUGCGAACGGUUAUUACUCGCCUACGUUUGAAAGCAAAACAAAUGUGUCCAAACCAUGGUUUUGUAUGAUGCUUGGCCUGACGCUCUCGAUUUUCUUUUUUUUCGACACUGUGUAACUUGUAUGACAAUAGACAUAUGUAAUGCCUCAUUAAAGAACGUGUCAGACAAAUUACUGAAAGGCGGGUAAACACUCUCUGUUCUCUUGGCGAUAUAUGACAGAAUGUUUAUUUCAACUCAGGUGUCGCCGCUAUUAAUAGAAAUAUAUAAAUUUGUCCCCCCUUUUUUUUAUUUCUUUUUCCUUUUUUUUUAUUCCAUCUUACUUUAGAAUGCAAAUAAAAACAAAUUUAUUUAUUUUAA